ACGCAUGAAAAGCAGCUGCAAAGGGUGAGAGCAGAGGCAGCUGAAAUUCAUCAGAAAAGCAGCAGUAACACCAUAAGAGAAAGCAGCUGGGAUCCCGCUGAAAGCCAGUUAAUUCAGAGCAGCCGCUGGAACCGAGGAAAGAAACAAAAAAAUAGCUGA